AUGGACAAUGUAAAUGGGUUGUUCGGACCCUCAUGGUCUCUGGAUACAGGUGAUAUUGUGGAAUUAUGGCACUUAUAUCGAAUUCCCAUAGUCCUCGCAAGUUUCACGGUGCUUAUGAUUGUUCGAACCAUCCUACGCCUACGAAAACCUAGAGAAAAGCUUUCCGAGACCCCUCCUCCUACAUCUCCGAGCCUUCCCGCCGAGAAAACGAUUGCCCCUCUCGAACUCACCAAGAAGACAAGCAUCGAGAAAAUCAAGGCCCCUCGAAGAAUUGUUGGAGGUCUUAAGAAGAGCAAGCCCUCCGAAGAUGAUAUUGAGUCUGGUGAUAAAAAGAUCCAAGUGCUAGUCUUCUUUUCGUCGUUGACCACCACCACCGAGAAAACUGCCAAAGUUUUCACCGAAGGGCUGGCACAUAACAUCAAAGAGUUUUCAAGCUCUGCCACUUUCCUCGAACCAGAGAUCCUUGACCUAUCCUACAUCGAUUAUGAUGAAUACUUUAUCAAUCCGCCGAAAUCCGAACCCAACACACAGUACUUUUACCUAAUACUUAUCCCUACCUACAACAUUGAUACCGUCCUCGACAAUUUUCUCGAGCAUUUACAGGAGACGCAUAAUGAUUUCCGGAUAGACACCGCACCUCUAUCGUCGUUGCUUGGUUAUUCGGUGUUUGGAUUCGGCGAUAGGGAGGGUUGGCCGACUGAGGAAGAGGGGUUCUGUUCACAGGCGAGAGAUGUUGAUAAAUGGAUGGCGAAAUUGACAGGAAGGAGAAGGGCAUUUCCGCUUGGAGUUUGCGAUGCCAAGACCGAUGGUCCGGAGCGGCUGAAGGAAUGGAAGGAAGGAGUUGAAGAUGUGAUCCUCCAUAUUGCUAAGACUGGAGGGCUAGGAGAAGGGGUCGCUGGAAGUGGAGAUGCUGUGGAGAGUGACGUGGAAGAUGUUGACGACGAUGAUGAUAACGACGAGGUGCUUUUCCAAGAACAGGACGUUGCCCAACGAAAAACGAAAGCGCAGAAGCAGGACAGCCUCAAUGACCUGGAGGACCUUGGCCGAUCAUUAGACAAACCCUCCGCUGACCCGUCACCACCCCUUGAAGUCGAUUUCACCACCUACAGCAAAAAGUCCCGAAAACCGGAAGCCCCAGCAAUAAUCAAAGAGAUGGUGCCCAAAAACUCUCCCACAUACAAUUCGCUCACCAAACAGGGCUAUACAAUUGUAGGUUCCCAUUCGGGUGUGAAAAUCUGCCGAUGGACCAAAUCCGCCCUUCGAGGCCGCGGCUCCUGCUACAAAUACUCUUUCUACGGCAUCGCCUCGCAUCAAUGCAUGGAGACAACGCCAUCCCUCUCCUGCUCAAACAAAUGCGUCUUCUGCUGGCGCCACGGGACUAACCCCGUCGGCACAACAUGGCGCUGGGUCGUCGAACCCCCUGAGAUGAUAUUCACAGGCGUGAAAGCCGGCCAUUAUAAGAAGAUCAAGAUGUUGCGGGGAGUACCGGGCGUGAGGGCCGAGAGGUUCGCUGAAGCGAUGAGGAUUAGGCAUUGCGCGCUCAGUCUUGUGGGGGAACCGAUUUUCUACCCCCAUAUCAAUGAAUUCUUGGCUAUGUUGCAUAACGAACAUAUAUCAUCAUUCCUCGUCUGCAACGCCCAACACCCGGAUCAGCUUGCUGCCCUCACACCCGUAACACAACUCUACGUCUCAAUCGAUGCCUCGAAUCGGGAAUCGCUCCGGAAAAUCGACAGGCCUCUGCAUAGGGAUUUCUGGGAACGGUUUAAUGCAUGUCUAGAUAUCCUACGCGAACGACGAUUUGAACAGCGGACAGUUUUCCGUCUCACCCUCGUGAAAGGAUUCAAUAUCGAUGAUGAAGUCGAAGGCUACGCAAGGCUCGUGGAACAGGGUUUACCGUGCUUUGUAGAGAUCAAAGGCGUUACGUAUUGCGGGACGUCUACUUCCUCAUCCGCUGGCCUCACCAUGGCCAAUGUGCCUUUCUAUUCUGAAAUCCAAGAAUUUGUACUGGCCCUCACUGCCGCGCUUAAUAAACGCGGGUUAGGGUAUGGCAUUGCGGCGGAACACGCACAUAGUUGCUGCGUGCUGAUUGCGUCUGAACGGUUUAAGAAUGAGAGCGGGAGAUGGUGUACAAGGAUUGAUUAUAAGAGAUUUUUUGAGUUACUUGAGAAGGGUGAGCCAUUCCGACCCGAGGAAUAUAUGGGGGAGGAAACGCCGGAGUGGGCGCUCUGGGGGAAUGGGGGCUUUGAUCCGAGGGAUGAGAGGGUGUAUAGGAAGGGGAAGAACAAAGUGCCUUUACCUGUGAAGAAAGAAGAAGAGGAGAUAGAGGAUGAGGUGGUUGUGGUAGGGGGUGAGUGA